GUGUUUAGUAGGAGUGGGGUUUCGGGAGAGAAGUAGCGUCUGUCUCUCACGGGCGCAUUGCCUCGCCUAUUGUUUGUUCAAACUCGUGUAUAUACCCAUUCCCCCCUUUCACGCGGAUACACGUUUAAAGGAAAAAAACGUUUAUGGUCCUGGCUGAAGAUUUCACGAUGUCUCGCACCGACGAGGUUCACCGCAUGACGGAAAAUGUCUAUAAGACCAUCAUGGAGCAGUUCAACCCCUGCUUACGGAACUUUGUUGCCAUGGGGAAGAACUAUGAGAAGGCCCUCGCCAAUGUGACAUUUGCUGCCAAAGGCUACUUUGAUGCUCUGGUCAGAAUGGGUGAACUGGCCAGUGAGAGUCAAGGAUCCAAAGAUUUAGGGGAUGUGCUGUUCCAGAUGGCUGAGGUCCACAGACAGAUCCAAGUGCAGCUAGAGGAGAUGUUGAAAUCCUUCCACAACGAGCUGCUCUCUGAGCUGGAGAAGAAGGUGGAGCUGGAUGCUCGUUAUCUGACUGCUGCCCUGAAGAAAUACCAGGUAGAACACAAGAGCAAAGGGGAGAGUCUGGAGAAGUGCCAGGCUGAACUGAAGAAGCUGCGCAGGAAGAGCCAGGGCAGCAAGAACCCCUCUAAGUACGGAGAGAAGGAGAUGCAGUUUGUGGAGACCAUCAGCAGUAAGCAGACUGAGCUGGACACCUUCAUAGCUGAGGGAUACAAGACAGCCUUGUCUGAGGAGCGUCGCAGGUACUGCUUCCUGGUGGACCGCCAGUGUGCCGUGGCCAAGAACAGCAGCGCCUACCAUGGCAAGGGCAAAGACCUUCUGACCCAGAAGAUUCCAGUGUGGCAACAGGCUUGCUCAGACCCCAACAAGCUGCCAGAGAGGGCCAUGCUCCUUGCCCAGCAGAUGGGCUCUGCCGCCCUUGGGGGCACAAGCCCCCUGCACACCUCCAAAUCCAACCUGGUCAUCUCAGACCCUAUCCCUGGGGCCCAACCUCUUCCUGUACCCCCAGAGCUGGCUGUCUUUAUGGGCAGUGGCCUGGGACACCCAGCGAGGCUGAUGGGCCCUGAUGGUAUGUCCAUGGUCAAUGGGACAACAGGAGUCCACGGGGAGGAGUAUUGGACAGAUGGAGGGACUAUGUCCGUGUCCCAAGUCAGGCCUUCAUCCCCUCAGACCCAAGCGCAGGGCCAGUCCCAGGCUCAGCCCCAGAGACAGGUCAGCGACGUCUACUCCAACACCCUCCCUGUCCGCAGGCCUGCCCCCGCCAAGAACAAGAACCCCGUGGGAGAGACACGGACCCUGCCCAGGUCCAGUUCCAUGGCAGCAGGCCUGGAAAAGAACGGGCGUUCCCGUGUCCAGGCAAUAUUCUCCCACGCUGCAGGUGACAACGGCACCCUGCUCAGCUUCUCUGAGGGAGAUGUCAUCACCCUGCUAGUGCCUGAAGCCCGCGAUGGCUGGCACUAUGGGGAGAAUGAGAAGAAUAAGAUGCGCGGCUGGUUCCCAUUUUCCUACACACGUGUGCUCCCUGAGAGCGACAAUGAGAAGCUCAAAGUGAAUCUGCACCAUGGGAAAAGUAGCAGCACAGGGAACUUGUUGGAGAAUGAUGGAUCACUGCCCACACCUGACUAUGGCCUGACCGCCCGACUGCUUGCACAGAGCCUAGCACAGACCCGCCCACGCCCCUACAGCAUGGCAGGCUUCGGCACACAGCCUGCUAUUGAGGAUUAUGAUGGCCGCUUUGCCACAAGUGACAGUCCUGAUGGCAAAUUGAUUUCGACUGUGUGAGAACAGACAUACAGACAGACACAGACAGCUCCGGAUAGCACAGGGGCCUCUUCCUCCCCAUCUUUCCCUCCUCUUAGCCUCCCUCCUGUCCGCUUAUCUCCACCUCUCCUCCUCUGCCUCCACACACACCCCUUCUCCAAGUGGAAGAGGCCAGUUUCAUCCCUCCUUUCUGUCCUCUCUUCCUCCCCGGGUCCCUCCUUUCCUCCUUCCAUCCAUCCUGGGGGCUGCUGCUGGUGGUGUCGGUGUGGACAGUAGCGGUUGGUGGGUGGAGGAUUGCGUUGAGCGAGAGAGCCAGAGCGGGGCCUACCUGCUCGGCAUGCAGCGAUAUGGACUCUGAGUACUCUAUCUCUGAUCACAGUCCACCAUCAUGGACUGAUCUCUCAAGAGACUGCCUUUGCUACUGCUUGUCUUUCAUGCAUGUACAUGGUUGUGUCAUUUUGUCAAACUAAAGGACAUGUUCAUGUACUGUACAAGUGCCAAAAGACUUCAAUGUGGUUGUACUAAAGCCACUGGCUGAAUGGCCUUCUUUUUUAAGCACACGUUAGAGUUCCCAUCCAACACACACGCUCAUAAAAGCUUUGCUCAAAGUAAGGCUGUGCAGCAGAUUACUAUGUUUCUGUUCUGAGAGAUCCCGUAGGUCGCGCUGUGCUUCCUCGUGUCAGUGCUAGACUUGAUUUUCCGUCCAGAGGUUGUGUGUCAUAUCUGCCUUACUUUGCUUCUUUUUUUUUUUCUAUUAAGCACAUACUUUAUGGGCAAUGAAGCACAUUUUCAAAUUGAGCUUCAAGAAUAUACAGUAUAUAUAAAUAUAUAUCUACAUAUAUAGAUUGUUUCCAUCAGUCCACCAAAUUGCACUGUAUUAUGAUCAUUGCAAAAACAUGUUUUCCUAUAAAUUUUCAAUUAAACUUUCCACCCUCGGCCCCACAGAAACUUUCUGCCACUCUUGGCCAAACUUACUGCCAAAAUUGUCAGUUAUAAUAAAAUGCCGUACUCUGAUAACCUUCAGUUUGGUCGUUUUCUGAAGCUACAGCGAGUUUGGAGGGGUCUGUAAUCUUCUGUUGCGUAUCCUCAAUAACAGCUGUGAAUUAGUUUUAGGUUAAAUGACAACCACGGCUUUUGCAGCUCUCAGUGUUAUUUAUGAUUGUAUUCCCUGAGUGGCUGUGUAGUUUUUGGUCUUUUUAUUUAAAAAAAAAAAAAAAAAAAUGUCCUUGUAAAAAGAAAAGUGUUUAUCUUAUGCAUGCUGUGGAGGGAAACCAGAAAAUGUGAUACUGAAAAUUGACCUUGAAUGUAUGGUGACUUUUUACAAAGGUAUUCUAAAUAAAACAUAACUCUAUAUAUUAAUAAACGGUUUGGUCUGACGAGAAAUCUGUUCUGUCAGUUCUGACAUUUUCAGUUUUGUUGCACAUUUUCCUUGUUUCUAAGUUAUGGCUCUGAACUGAUUUUCUUUCUCCCUUAAAUGUUUGAAUUAAUUCCUUUUUUUUUUUCUUUUUUUUAAAAAACAUUCUGUGUGAAUCUUUUCAAGCCACAACUGUGUUUCAAGCAUGCAGUUUCAUCCCCUCCCCUAGUAACACCCAUAGCAUCUGUGCUGCUCUGUUUCAUUGUAAAAAAACAACCGAGUGUGUCAGUGUGGUGGUGUUGUAUACAGUAUGUGCAUUAUGAUUACGUGAACUCUGCCUGCUUAUCUUAUUUUUUUGGUUGUAUUUCAUACGUUUGGCUUAUGUUUGAUUUGUAUUUGAAACAAUAAUGAACACAAUUUAGCAGACAAAACUUCAGAACACCAGCCUGUUGACUGCAUUGCAUUUCCAGUAGUGUUGAUUUCCACUAAGGCUCACAUAGUUUAGGAUUUAAAAAGGAGCAUACAGUGUAUGGCAUGUUGAGCAUGCGGUGUGUACUUCUGUUUUCCAUCCCUCAUUUCAGUUAAAGUUAUUAUUGUCAACCUACAGUAUGCUCAUCUUGCACCAGACUAACCAGCAGUGUCGUUACAAAAUGUGACCCAUGCAUGAUCUGAGAGGUGAGCCAUUCAAACCCAAAGGUUCUCUUUACCUUCCAGUUUGGGUCCAGAAUUGUCCCGGUUCUGAGGGAACAGGACCUCCGUAAGUCAUGAGCCUCCAUUGCCUUUCAGCCAACCAAUCACUUUUCUCCUUCUCUCUUGUACUGCCUGGUUCUCUCUGCUGUCAUUGGCUGUCUGGCUGCAGUAGGAUGCUGGGAAUCACUGGUCUUUUCUGUCCUUGGGCCUCCAUGGAUGUGGCAGCAUUUGGUUCUGUCAGUCCUGAAGGCCUUGGGUUGUAAAAGAAUUACUUUGAUUUUUUUUUGUGUGUGUGUCUGUAUCACAAUAUCACACAGAGGAGACACUAACCCUGCAUGCGUGCCUUUUUCCCCAUAUUUUACUAGAGUUUUCUCACUACAUGCUUGCUAAAACUCACAGUACUGCAACUGUUUGCUCAACUUAGUGUAAGAAACAAAAAAUAUGGGAAGGCCGAUUUUCUUUUGGGUGUGGUUACGUAGUUUACCAUGUAUCUCUCUAAAUGUGGUCAUGUUUUCAACCUAACGGUCACUGUUCCUUGUCUCACCCCUCCUCUCCCCACAGUGACCGUUCCCUGGAGGUCUACCUCCGGCCCACCUUCAUUGAUGACCGAUCUGCACCCAUCUUCUACUAGCGGCCUGCUGUCCCCCUUUGUCCACUAAUGGGCCCUUUUGAAGGGGAGAAAGAAAAAUGCUAACAUUGACAUGUUUGAGCUGUAUGAUGUUAACACAAGAGGGCCCAGAAGUGUGAUUGGGGGGGGGCGGGGGGGUUCACCUCAAGGAACAUGUUACACUAAGAAUAUAGUUUCUCUGCCGUGGAAAUUCACUCAGAGAAUUUCCGGUUAAUCCUCGAUGUUUUUGCAAACAUUUCCACAAACAUUGAAUGUUUCAGCCUGAACAUUCUAGUGCAAGUGUGACAGUAGAUUUUAUUAGUUCUUCUCUAGAUCACACGAGGUGUGGUUAAGGUGUGGCUAAUAGGUUUUUACUAGUGAUGCAGUCACAUUGUUAUUAUUUAUCUGCACUUCUACUAUGGGAUUUCAGUUUUUCUUCAACACUAUACACUGUAAAUUUAAUUUGAGGAUUAUUUACAUUAAUGGGCAGUGAAGGCACACGCUGCAUUAGUUGUUUUAAGUGCGGCUUGAGGGUGAAUGUAAGAUGGUCAUAACGGUUUUCAGUGCAUCACUGUAAUAUGCACUGAAGACAAAGUGUAGGUUUGAUACUGCCACAGAUAGCUAGCACUGAACAGUUCUUGAGUAUAAGUCUGCUUUUGUUAAGUGAUAUAGUACUAUAUAUUUACUAGUUGUGAUACAGUAUACCCACAUUUUCAAUGUGGGAACUGUGCCUUUCUUCUAUUUUUUUUUUUUGGUUUGUUUUUUUAAACAUAUGCUUCAUGCAGCAUUGACCCAAUCAUUAUGUAAACUGGUUUGAGGGCGUAUGCAUCAGUUUAACUUGUAUUUUUUAUAUUCCUGAAAAUAUAAGUGGGAUUAUUUCAAUAUUUGUGUUGGUUGCUUAAUGUCAAGAUUUUUUUUUUUUUCUUUAAUUCUUUUGCUUAACAAGCUCCAGUACAGUGCAAUUGCAAUUCCACCAAAAUAAUACAAUAUGUUGAAUUGCUGUUCUUUCCUUUGCUUUAAAUUUCAGUAAUAUCUAAGCUGCCAGAUAGCCAAGAGAUGAAAUACAGUGCAUACAUAAUGGGUCUUUUUUAUAUAUACAUUUGCUUUGAGGGAGUGGUAGCUUAUCAGAUAAGGUACAGUAUUAUCAUAGCUUUUGAUUCUCAGUAUUAUACAUUCAUCUGAGAGAGAAAAGCUUAGAGCAGAGGCAUUUAUAACUGUAUGUGAUGGAAAAGCAAUGUGUAAAUGAGCUGAAAUGCCUCUUAGACUGCAAUAAAUCAACAGUUACAUAAUGAAAAGUAAAUUUUCCAUGGGUGAGUCCUUUACACUGAGUGGUAUGAUCAGGCUUUUAUUACACAGCUCAUUUGGGCAGCAAAAUGCAUUUUUUACUUUUUAUAUAGCUUUCCAUUUUGUCCAUUUGUCACUCUUGUCCCUGUUUGUAUUAUAUCUGUACUGUACAGAAAGUGCAUAUAAAUUAUCUUGUCCAAAAUAAAUCUAAAUGGGCACAAACCUCA